GUGCUAGAACUUCCUGCAGAUGUUACCACCGGUAUAUAUGCCUUGACUUGGUCACUGUAGAAGUUAUUCCUUAUUCGAUGUCCCAGAGGUCAGACCCCACGGAUCCGUAGCGGUUCACAGAGGACCUCUGAAUUAUGCCUUUGAUAUCAGACGUUCAGAGACAGUUCUCAAGACCGAUCCACGUCAAAGCCUUGCUGUGGAUCUCCAAUAUGACGCUAUGGAGGACUGGGAAUUUGCCAUCGAUCCUUCGACGUUGAAGUUCCAUCAGCGUCGCGUCUCUAAUUUGCCUUCGCCAGUUUGGGAUUACGGGCUGUCUCCAGUAACGAUCACUGCAACGGCUUGUCUCAUCGAUUGGCCUGUAGAUGGCGAUAUGUUUGCUGCCAGUCCGCCGGAAAAUCCGGACUGUGUUGGACCUGAGAGGGUAAUUGAGCUCUCUCCGUUUGGGGUUGGGAAUUUAGUUUUGCUCGUGCCUUGUUGUACUAACUGGUCUGCUUUUAGGUGACAAAGCUGCGUAUUAGUGAAUUUCCGGUCUUUGAGUCAAAGGAUG